UUAUUUUCCUUUCCAGGUCCUUUCUGGGAGCUUUCCGGGAGUUCAGUUAUGGGCGUGAGAGGUUUGCAGGGGUUUGUGGGCAGUACCUGCCCACACAUCUGUACAGUGGUGGAUUUCCGAGAGCUGGCAGAACGCCACCGAAGCGAGCACCCUGGGAGCACUCCUACCAUCGUGGUCGACGCCAUGUGUUGUCUCAGAUACUGGUACACUCCCGAGUCUUGGAUCUGCGGUGGCCAGUGGCGGGAAUACUUUUCUGCUUUGCGGGAUUUUGUUAAGACUUUCACAACUGUUGGCAUCAAGCUGGUGUUCUUCUUUGACGGCACGGUGGAGCAGGAGAAGAGAGCUGAGUGGGUGAAGCGGAGGCUCAAGAACAGUAAGGAGAUCUCCAGGAUCUUCCAGUACGUCAGGUCACGCAGGGAGCAGCCCGGCAGAAACAUGUUCUUCAUCCCGUCGGGGCUGGCCAUCUUCACACGAUUCGCUCUGAAGACCCUGGGUCAGGAAACCCUGUGUUCCUUACAGGAGGCUGAUUACGAGGUGGCCUCUUAUGGCCUCCAGAAUAACUGUCUUGGGAUUCUUGGAGAAGAUACUGACUACUUAAUUUAUGAUACUUGUCCCUACUUUUCAAUUGGUGACCUCUGCCUGGAGAGUCUUAGUACUGUCAUGCUCUGUAGAGAGAAGCUCUGUGAGAGUCUGGCUAUCAGCCUAGCAGACCUUCCUCUUCUGGCCUGCCUCCUUGGCAAUGACAUAAUCCCAGAGGGCAUGUUUGAGAGCUUUCGGUACAAAUGCUUGUCUUCGUACACCUCUCUCAAGGAGAACUUUGACAAAAAGGGUAACGUUAUUUUAGCUGUAGCAGACCAUAUCUCUAAAGUUCUUCACUUGCAUCAGGGUGAGAAAAAGCUGGAAGAGAUGUUACCUUUGGGACCAAACAAAGCUCUCUUUUAUAAGGGUGUGGCAUCCUAUCUUUUGCCAGGACAGAAAUCUCCAUGGUUUUUCCAAAAACCCAAGGGUUUAUUAACUUUACCCAAGCAGGUGGCAUCCAUGAGUUCAGACCCUGAACCCAAGCAAGGAGUUCCCAUGUGCGCGGACCCCGAACCCAAGCAAGGAGUUCCCAUGUGUGCGGACCCCGAACCCAAGCAAGGAGUUCCCAUGUGUGCGGACCCCGAGCCCAAGCAAGGAGUUCCCAUGUGUGCGGACCCCGAGCCCAAGCAAGGAGUUCCCAUGUGUGCGGACCCCGAGCCCAAGCAAGGAGUUCCCAUGUGUGCGGACCCCGAGCCCAAGCAAGGAGUUCCCAUGUGUGCGGACCCCGAGCCCAAGCAAGGAGUUCCCAUGUGUGCGGACCCCGAGCCCAAGCAAGGAGUUCCCAUGUGUGCGGACCCCGAGCCCAAGCAAGGAGUUCUGUGUGCGGACCCCGAGCCCAAGCAAGGAGUUCCCAUGUGUGCGGACCCCGAGCCCAAGCAAGGAGUUCCCAUGUGUGCGGACCCCGAGCCCAAGCAAGGAGUUCCCAUGUGUGCGGACCCCGAGCCCAAGCAAGGAGUUCCCAUGUGUGCGGACCCCGAGCCCAAGCAAGGAGUUCCCAUGUGUAUAGAUCCUGAAUCUAGGCAAGGAGUUCCCAUGUGUAUAGAUCCUGAAUCUAGGCAAGGAGUUCCCAUAUAUGCACACACUGCAAUCAAGCAAAAGUUACCUCUAGGGGCAGAUCCUGAAUUUAAACUGGAAGCAUCCAUGUGUACAGACCCUGCAAUUAAACAAGACCGCAUGCAUAUGGAGCCUGAAGUCAAACAAGUAACUAUGGUUUCAGACCCUGAAAUUUUAAAGGUGGCUAGAGCGCAUCACGUGCAGGCCGAGAGCUACCUGGUGUACAGCAUCAUGAGCAGCGGCGAGAUCGAGUGCAGCAACACGCUGGAGGACGCCCUGGACCAGGCCCUGCCCAGCCAGGCCUUCGUCUACCGCCCGGUGCGGCAGCGCGUCUACGCCCUCCUGCUGGGCGACGGCAGAGAUGGCGCCAGCCCCUGCCCCACCGUCAAGGAGUGGUUCGUGUACUCGGGGAACCCGCUGAGGCACCCGGACCUCGUCAGGCCUCUGCAGAUGAACAUUCCAGGGGGCACACCUAAUUUGAAAUCACUGUGGCUGAACCAGGAGCCAGGAGUACAGGGCCGGCGCUUGGACGCCCUCCUGGGCUGUUUCGACCUCUCCUCCUCCAGAGAAGAGCUGCAGGCGGUGGAAAACCCCUUCAAGGCGCUGUGCUGCCUCUUGAUCUACCUCUUCGUGCAGGUGGACACUCUUUGCCUGGAGGAUCUGCAUGCUUUUAUUGCUCAGGCCUUGUGCCUCCAAGGAAAGUCAACGGUGCAGCUUGUGGACCUGCAGCUUGACUACAUCGACCCCCGAGCCGUGCAGCUUGGCUCCCUCCUCGUCCGCGGCCUCACCACUCUGGUCUUGGUCAACAGCGCGUGCGGCUUCCCCUGGAGGACAAGUGACUUCAUGCCCUGGAACGUGUUUGACGGGAAGCUGUUCCAUCAGAAGUACCUGCAGGCGGAGAAGGGGCACAGCGCGGAGGCGCUCGUGGAGCAGAACAGGUCCCGGCUGACCAAGUUCCACGCUCUGAAGUCAGUCGUGUGCGAGGCGUGCGUGAAGGAAAACAGGCGCAUCGUCAGCCGGCGGCACGGGCGCUCCCAGCAGCCAGGCAGGUGGGGGAGGCAAGGAUCCGGCUCCCACAGGACGAGCUCUGGGUACAGCCGGGCAGGCCGCGGACAGCACUGGAGGGACCAGGGAGCAGGAAAUAGACCAUAUGACCCUGACCAUUGGAGGAGAUACUCACCCUCUUCUGGGUGGCCCAACUGAGGCCCGCUGGGACAGGACCGACCCUCGCGGUCGAAGAAAGAGUUGCUUCAAAGCGUGGACGUUGAUCACAAGGCCUUUUGUGUUCUGAUGCCCCUCUGUGCCACAAGCUUGCUGCUAGAACAAGGAAAGAAGACCCGCUUCUUUGCCCCUGUGCCGCGUUUGGACCCGGCGUUGUUGCUGUCCAGCUGGAAGAGCCUCAGGCAGCCGACCGCCUGCAGCCGGGUUUCCUGUGGGCUCGGUGCCGGCGUCUUCACGCCAGGGUUCUGCCGAGUUCAGCAGUUGCCCAGUGUAAGUCUGCAUACACCCUUGACAAAAACGUGGUGACCCCUGUGCCAGUCCGCCGCUGUGGCUCCAGAGCGACUUCCAUACCUGCACGUGUGUCCGCGUCCUCCUGCUCUGAUCUCUCCUAAUGCAGCUUUCCUUCCAAGUUGUCGUGUCAAUAAAGUGGAACUUGGUGAUGAAA